AUGAAUACUACUACUAUGUCUAACCAUGUCGAUACGUCGAUGACCAAUGGUUGUUCACUCGUUGAAAGUUUCUGUGAUCAAACAGCUUAUUCAGUGGAUAAAUUAGAUCAAAUUGGUGAACAUGUAUUACCAUAUGGUUGGGAAAUUGUGCAAGAUAUAAAAUAUGGUACAUUUUACAUUGAUCAUAUUAAUAAACAUACACAAUAUGAACCGCCAACAGUUGAAGAUUUUCAAUUAGGUGAAAAAGUACGCAUGAAGUAUUUAUCACAAUUUGAUACAAUUCAUCAUAAAACUAAUACUAAUAUCAAUAAUAAUCAUAAUAUCAUCAAAAAUGUAAAUAAUAAUGUUAACGCUAAUAAUAAUCAUGAUGAUAGUCAGAAUGAAUUAGACUCAUCAUCCAUUAAUGAUAAUGGACGUAUAACUCCUGUGACAUUUUGUUCCGAUUUAAAACAAUUACGAGGUCCACUGAUUAAUACAGUUUUAGUGAAAAGUCCACGUGGUUUUGGAUUUACAAUUAUCGGUGGUUCCGAUUGUAAUCGGCCGGCAUUUUUACAAGUGAAACAUCUUGUCCCAGGUGGUCCAGCUUCACUGAAUAGCCAAUUAGCUGUUGGUGAUGUUAUGGUUAGCGUGAAUGGGACAAAUGUUCUUGGUUAUACACAUUCUCAAUUGGUAUCAUUAUUCCAGUCAAUCCCAGUUGGAGCUAGUAUUAAUUUACUAGUAUCGCAAGGUUAUCGAUUACGGAGAGAAAUUGGUGGUGAUCCGCCAACACAUUUUAAUGGUUCAGUAUCCGGUAAUCAUCUUGGUGCGACAGGUUUUGUAUCCGGUGUGAUUGAUAUUUCUGCUCAGAAUAAUUUAAACAAUCUGAAACUUGGUGAGGAUACGUUAGAUAAUCUACCAUUGACGGAGUUACAUCUAGUUAGUUCAUCAAGGAAUUCCGGUGUAAUCUCUUCACAUUCUUCGAUUUCACCAACACCACCGCCAUCAGCAUCAUCAUCGUCUAAUAAUGGUAAUUCAUCUCAAGAGCUACUUGCAGUACGUUCUAGUCCGUCUAAUUUAAAUGGUGGUAGCUGUGUUGGAAAGUUGCGUAAUUCACAAAGACCGGAAUUUUUAAAGGUGUCAAUUUUUAAACAAACCAAUGGUUUCGGCUUUACUUUAGCUGAUCAUAUCCAAGGUCAACAUGUGAAAGCUAUCUCAGAUCCAGUAAGAUGUGGUCGCUUACGUGUUGGUGAUGUCAUUGUAGAAAUUAAUGAUCAGCGUGUAAAAGAUAUGCCACAUGUGGAAGUAGUUCAAAUAUUGAAACAAUGUCCAGUUGGUAAAGAAGCAAGAUUACUUGUUCAACGUGGUGGUUUGUAUACCUCCCCGUUAUCAUUACUGGAUACUGAAUUGCUUGAAAUGAAUUCAUUGAAUUUCAAUGAACAGCGUUAUCGUGGGAACAUAGCUAAUCAUCAGUAUAUAAAUGACUUUCAUGUUAAAUCAACUGACCAACAAUCAAACACAUCAAUAAUCGGUGUUUUUCCUUCUUCUCCACCCACUGAUGUUACUGUUAAUAGUAAUGCCAUAAAUACCACUACUAUUAAUAAUAAUAACUUGAGUAUUAUUUAUGCUACUCCUCAACCUCAACGAAAUCAUCUUUCUUCCAGAAUUGGUUACCAUCAUCGAACUUCCGGUAGUACAGGAGAAAAUAGUAUUUCUUCAAGUAGUUCGUCGCAUAUACGUGCACAAACCCCCGAUCCAUAUGUGGAUAGGCGUUUAGGUUUAGAUAGUCCUAAUCAUCAAUAUCAUCAGCGUCACUAUCAACAUUCGUAUCAAAAUGAACCGUCCGAUUUAAUUAGUCGGUCAAAUUUCAACCAAACAGAUUAUAUUCAUCAUUCCAAUAAUAACAAUGGCAACAUUAAUAAUAACAUGGGUUUAUCUGUGAUUUCGGAUCGACGCCGACGAGUACAUCCCGUUGAUGAUAGCGUUGUUGGUUUAAAUAAGGAUAACUUUUCACCCGAAUCACCUAAUUCAUCAACAACUUAUGGUUCAUUACUUCGACCUGGACGUAUGCUUCCAUUGCGUCAUUCACAAUCAUCCGUAUCCAACAGACCAAACAGUAAUAUUGUCAGAUCAGCAACAGCGGUAACGACGUCAGCAAUGGCAUCCUCAACAGCCCCAUUGUGUAUGCUUCCUGGGGAGUUCCUUGUACAUUUAAAGCGUCAGUCAACUGGUUUUGGAUUUAACCUAGUCGGUGGAGCUGAAGAAAAUACUCAGGUAUCUAUCGGUGCUCUGCGUAUGGGUGGUUCAGCUCAACUUAGUGAAGUUGUACGUACUGGAGACAAGUUAAUAUCAAUCGAUGGUGUACGUGUUAUUGGAGCAACACAUGCAGAAGUUGUAGAAUUAUUAGAUAGAGCUGCACAUACUGUUGGUCAAGUUACAUUGGGUUUACAAAGAGGAAAGGUUGAAAUUGACAAUCUCAAUUCACACUCUUCAUCGGAACCAGUUGAUGUUGUCAUAUCAAGAAGUGAAAAAUCUGAUGGAUUUGGUUUCUUUUUGACUAAUACCAAACCAAUUCACAAUUCAUUAAAUGAACAUUCAAAUGCUAUUGUUGUGAAUCGUAAUAGCAGCAAUAAUAAUAAUAAUCUUCAAAAUACAGAAUAUAUUGCUCAAAUUGUUCCUGGCAGUCAAGCUGAACGUAUGGGUCUGUUGUCUGUUGGUGAUCAAAUAUUAGCUGUAAAUGGUAUCCCAACAUGUGGACUACAUCAUGAUGAAGUAGUUCGUUUGAUUCGAGAAAGUGGUAAUCACAUAGCUUUGAAAAUUUUGCCAUAUUCAGGCUCAGCUUCACGUGGACGUAAACAUCCUUUGCCAAUGAGAGAUUCAGUUGAAUUUCCGGUUACAUUAUUUCGUGGAAGUAGAGGUUUUGGUUUCUCCAUUCGUGGUGGACAAGAAUUUAAUCGUAUGCCACUAGUUGUAUUACGUAUUGCGGACGGUGGUGCUGCUCAAAUGGAUGGUCAUUUAAAGGUUGGUGAUGAAUUAAUUGAAAUCAAUGGUUAUUCAACUAUUGGUAUGUCACAUGGACAAGCUAUUGAAAUUAUACAACGUGGAGGAAAUACUAUGCGUUUAAUUGUUCGACGUCGUUCUCCACGUGUUAAACAAUCAUUAGAACAACAAAUGUCAAAUGGUUUAACUCGUGUUAUUGAUAGUCGUACAAAUGCAGAUAAACAAUCACAUCGACUUAGUUUUAACAAACAUGAUUCUUCAUCAAAUUGGUUUCAACGUACUAUAUUAGAUAAAAAUCAUUCCUCAUCUCAUUUUAAUCAAUCUCAAAGAAGAAAUGAAUUUCUCAGAUGGACCAUACGUAAAUAA